AUAAAGAUAAAUACCAAAUUAUUCAAGUUUCAAGACACUUGUAAUAGACAGGGAAGUAUCAAUCUAAAAAAAGCCACCCAACUAGGUAGUUGAGGCUGACAACGACACACCUCACAAGAACACGUGAACGAUAAACUGUCUGCAACCGAUAAAUUGUUGUGUUCCAGCAUAACAGUCUCUGGAAAAGGCUUUCACUUUCCCUUCCAGCUGCCAGAGACGAGGCGCAGCCCAUCUGACACACAGCAAGACUGAUCAUUACUGACAAUGUUUUGGGGUGACACAAACAUCAGCAGACUUGCUAAACCUCCAAAACUAAUACGAGUAGGUUCCUUGGUGAUUAUGUGCAUCAUACCCACUGUUCAGCUAGCAGUAGGAGCUAUGUACAAAAAUGACUGUCCACAGCAGCCCUACAUCCCCAUCUAUUUAAUGGUAAUAGGAAUCAUCACCCUGCUGUCCUCGUUCUGCACCAUCGCUAGCAAUUUAACCUUUGGAAGUCUCUACACGGUCUGCAGCAGCCUGAGCUGCCUGGUCUCUCUCUUCCUCUGCUGCUGGUUCAUCGCUGGUAAUGUGUGGAUUUACUCCAUCUAUGAACCCAACUACAAUAAGACAACAACCGGCAUGGAACCCUACUGUGACAAGACGCUCUACUUGUUUGCCUUCUGGACCACCAACAUUACCUACAUCCUGUUCGGUCUUAUGAUUUUGUCUCUGUUGCAUAGGCCUCCUGUGUCGUGGUGAUUAAAAGGCAGCAAGAAAGAGAAAAUGUUUAGUGCUUAUAAAACCCAUCACAAGAACACAACUAAAAUUGUAUACAAAAAUUAGAAGACUUUUGUAUCAACAAAAUGAAAAGCAAGAAAAGGCAGGGCCAUGUGUGGAGAAGACGACACAGGAAAGCUUUGUUUUAAUAUUAGACAUAAUUGCACAAUAUUUUAGAAGUUAGAUUAGAGUAAAUGAUGUCUGACAAUAAUGUUAGAUAAUAAAACAUAAAACAAUCCUGUCAACAUUGUCUGAAAUGGCUCCAAAUCUUUGGUUAUUUCAUUCAUUAUUGGUAUAAAGUCAAGAACAAAGGUUACGAUAUUGUAACCCUAGUUCUACAAACACAGGUGGAGCCCUCUACUGGACUCUAUGGGUAAUACUCUCCUCCAAUCACAUGUACACAAUUGCCCACUUAAAUUUGCAGGUGUACCACAGCUGACACUCACACCAGCUUUUUCACAAGUCCUGAUGGACAGGGCACUUCAGACUUGGGGGGGUGGACCAGGGCUGGGCUGACAAUAUCUGGGUUAUCUCUUUGUACCAUGGUGCCGUACUGCGGUCAGGGGCUAUCAGGACGACCUACAGCCGCUCUUGUCUCACUCUCCAGCAGAGGGAGAAUGAGACGAAGAGGGGGAAAAGCAUAAAGCAGCCUCCUUGGCCACGGCACGUGUGCAAAUGCGUCAACCCCCAGGGGUGGAUCGUCUUGCGGCAUCAAGGAGAACCAGAGUGGGCAGUGGGUGUUGUUCUGUCUGGCAAACACGUCCACUUCUGCUUUCUCAAAUGUGUUCCAAAUAUGCUGGACCACCUCAGGGGUGCAGCCCCCAGUUGUCUACCAGAAGGUUGCCUCUCAACAUGAGGUUGGCACCCCAGUUUUCCAGAGCCAGAAUGUGGAGGGCAGGAGGCUAUCUAAAGACCACAACAACAGGUUCUCCACCAUCUUAACAGGGCUGCAGAUCAGACAUGGCCACACAUGAUAAGAACCUGAACUUUGAGGAGAUUGAUGUGUCGGUUUUCCCCUGAAAGCCACACAUCACGUAUCGCUCUCCCAAGGCAGGCGCCACCCCCGUCAGGGGUGCAUCUGUGAACACCACUAUGUAGGAGGUCACUCGACCCAGUGGUGUCCCAUCAACAGGUGCUGGAGGACCCCCAAUAACACAGGUUCUCCUGCACUGAUGGGGGAACGUUCACCAUGCAGAGCUUGUGCCUCCUGGGAUCCAUUUAUAUACAAACUGUUGAGAGUGGAAAAUAAAAUUAAUAUAUAGUAUUUUUAUAGUAGUUUUAGGAAGGUGACAUUUUUUCCUCUAAGGUAACAAGUGUGAUUUUUUUUUGUUUUUUAAAUCUGACACUGCAGAAAAAAUAAUAAAACAUCAAAGUCAAUGUUGUUGCUAAUCAUUGAUAUUUCCCAGACUGUGAAGCAGCAUCUAGUAUACAGUGUAAACAGAAAA